ACUUUCUUAGCUACUUAGCCAACUAAUAUCUACCCUCUCGCGGCUAGUCCGCCACCCACACGAGCCAACUGUGUUGGUCUCCUUCUGUUCUUACUAUCAUUCAUCUCCCAACAUGAAGUUCUCCACGCUUGCGCUGUUCUCUUCUCAGCUUCUGCUGGCCACCUCGCUGCCCCUCUCCGGCCACUCGACUACAGGCAUAGUCCCUCGAAACGACGGCGCUUCUCAUAGUGCGGCGGAGGACGUAAGCAUCACGAAACGGAUACCCGCUGAAGGCACCCCGGCGAGCCCAGAACCUGCCGCCAGUGAAGGUGCCGCCGGUGAAGCCAAAGAAGAAGCCGGAGGGGAGGGCGCGGCGAAGGAGCAAGAGAUUGAGGGACAGUUCACCGUGCCCGUACGGUUGGGAGGGGCAAAUGUCAAACAGGACGUCCUAUUCCCCCCCGGAAAAAACGGCCGCUUCGAAGUCGAGUUCCAGAACGCCGUCGGCCGGACCCUCACCGUGACGGAGAACAGGAAUCCUGCGGCCCCUCCGCCAGGCUUCACGGCCGUCGAGCCCGUCUCCUACAAGAUCAACUUGGCCGAAGGCGCACAAGGCGUGACUCUAUCAAAAGUCGACUACAUCAUCAACCCAGGCAUAGACGCGUUGGAUAUCAGCAAGGGACAGAUAGGCCGCCUCUUCCCCGAACUCAAUGCCUUCAUCAUCGACCCGGCCCUCGGCGAGCUCGAGUUCGAGGCUGAAGAGAACGAGCUAACGCUGACGGUGGCCAACAUGAACGGCGAGUUUGCCGUCUUUCUGCCACAGGCUGCGGGUGCUGGGAAUGCCACUACGCCGCCCAGAUAACGCUGAAUCACCCGCCGUGCGAUGUUAGUGGUCCCCAGGCAGAGAGCGGCGCAGGCGGCGAGGUUGCCUUCGAGUAACAUCUUCCAGGUGGUUUGACUCAGGAGGCUGGCUCUGUCGUGUGCGGAUGGAUGCUGUCGAGUUAUACCGGAGAAUAUGGAUCAGAAAUGCUUAUGACAUAGUCCAGAAUCGGCCAAUUUUAAGAAAUAAUGAUUUGCUUCUGAUUCUGGGCCAAC